UCAUGACAAACAGGGCCGGGGGGACGUCAUCAUCUUUCAACACCACUUUCGACUACAUCAUCAGCAUCACCACCACCACCUCCACCGCUACCGCAUGCAUUCAGCAUGCACCUGAGUGCAGCAUUAAAAAACGAAUAUCAUUUGGACUACAUACGGAAUAGUAAUGGCGGACAUCACACCGGACAACCACACGGCUAUAAUCAAUCACAGGCAAUAGGAUCGACUACACCCACACCACCUUCACAUCAUCAAAUGUCCUAUCACAAUAUGUUCACACAAUCACGCGAACCGGGCACAAUGUGGCGUUGUCGUUCUUGCGGCAAAGAGGUCACCAACCGAUGGCAUCACUUUCACUCACACACCGCACAACGUUCCAUGUGCCCCUAUUGCCCAGCAACAUAUAGUCGCAUAGAUACGUUACGUUCACACUUACGCGUCAAACAUCCAGAUCGUUUAUGUAAAUUAGGUUCGUCCAUUUGAAUGUUUUGGCAACCAUAAAGCGCAUAUGGUUAUGGAUAGUCGCACAAAACCUUUUCAAUGCCUCAUUAAUGCUAAAGUCAAAAUAUUUCUAAAACUAAAAACAAUUUAACAUUUUUGUUUUAUUUUAUAAAU